CGUAUAUGAUGUUUAACCUAAAGUAGAGCGCAAGUUGCACAAACACCACGUUGGUCUUGUUUAUCAGUUUCUCAUUAUUCCUGACAUAUUCUAUUGGAAACAGGACAGUAGCAAUUCAAUUAGCGAUUAUGGGCCACAACAAGCAGAAGCAGCAGAGGCGAUUCAAGAACAAUCAUAGCUCGCAUCGCGCCCAUCAACAAUCUCAUCUCCUUCAUAGGGACGAUGAUGGGUCUUUACCAACCGACCCAGCAGCCGAGGAGGAGGAGAAGCAAAGCGGUCUCACAAUUCAGCUUGCUAUGUGGGAUUUUGGCCAAUGUGAUGCAAAAAGGUGUACGGGCCGCAAGCUUGCAAGGUUUGGACUAUUGAAGGAGUUACGAGUUGGUAAUGGCUUUGGUGGUAUUGUUUUGAGCCCUGUUGGGACACAGUGUGUCUCAAUACAAGAUCGUGAAUUAAUUGUUAGGAAAGGUUUAGCUGUUGUCGAUUGCUCAUGGGCGCGUCUAGAAGAUGUACCUUUUUCUAAGCUGCGGUGUGCUGCUCCUCGUUUAUUACCAUGGUUGGUGGCAGCAAAUCCUGUAAAUUAUGGUCGACCAUGUCAGCUUUCUUGUGUUGAGGCAUUAGCUGCUGUUUUGAUCAUAUGGGAGCUUUUGAAGGCGUACUCUGAAUGUAAAAACAGUUCUGACAUUAUUUCUGUGCAAAACAACUGGCUUUCCCAGCAAAACUCACAACAACUGGAGGUCCCCACAAGUUCAAAAGGUACGUUCUACUCUUGAAUAAGUUUAAUAAUAAUAACGUAGAAAACUGAAAUCAUUGUAAAUUUUAGUUAUGGAUUUCCAAGGACUUCCAUGGUCAGGAAAACAGCUUUUACUUGUCCUUUCUGUUUACUGUAGGCUUUGCACUGCACUUGAUUUCAUUUUAUUGCAACUUUUGUUGUCAUGACUAGUGUUCUAAAAUGCAUGCAUAUGUCCGCAUAUUCUUGAUGCAUUUUCAAAACGCCUCACAUAUAGGAUAUGCAUGUGAUAAUGUGGUCAGCAUAUUUCGUUGACUGCAUAUGCACUCUUCAAUGCAACAAUGUACACUCAUUUGUGUUAAAAAUUGUAUCAAAACUAGCAUGGCAAAGUCCAACCCAAUUUUAUAACUUAAAAAUAGCAAAUUGAGCUCAAUAAAUAUCAAAUUAAUCCAAAUUACCCAAGCCCAUGGUUUAUAUAUAGCAAUAUGUAGGGUUUUGACAUUUAUAAAAAUAUAAAAUCAGAACAAAUUAUUUGUAGAGUUACAAACCAUCUACACCGAGUUCGAGCCUCUUUCUAUCUUUCGCUAGUUUUACGAGCAAGUGAUGCUAGUUGUACACAAUCUUGAAUUGUUGAUGAUUGUGAUGAUGAGGAAGAUUUGCCAAUAAUAUCUUACCAUUUACAAGAAGUAAUGUAAAUUUUUUAAUUGAAAUAAGGGAGCACGAUAAAAAUAAUUUUUUAUUGGAUGACACGAAAGAUGACUUGGAUGAAGUAGAGGAGAUUGAAUUGGAAUCCGAUAAACAACUAGACAAGAUUCAGAAUUUUUUAAAUUGAUAUUCGUGUCUAAUCUAAUGUAAGAAUUGAUUA